CGAACUUCAUAAAAAUGGCAUGAUGGUGGACGUGGCCUAGGUAGUGAAGAAUUAAUAUUAUGUUUUUCAACAUAUUCUCUUGAAAAUAACGGAGAGAAUGUCGGAUGCAGUCGUAGCGAAAGGUCAGCCUGUUCACGGCGACCCAGAAAAGAAAGGAUGGUUGUUCAAGUGGACAAAUUAUCUCAAGGGAUAUCAACGAAGAUGGUUCGUGUUGUCGAAUGGAUUGUUAUCAUAUUACAGAAAUCAAGCAGAGAUGGCACAUACAUGUCGUGGCACCAUAUCCCUGCUUGGAGCAUUGAUCCACACCGCUGACUCAUGUACAUUUGUGAUCAGCAAUGGCGGCACACAGACGUUCCACAUCCGCGCCCACGACGAGGUGGAGCGGCAGAGCUGGGUCACAGCCUUGGAACUGGCCAAGGCGAAGGCUAUGUUAGUACGAGCCCAGGAGAGUGAUGAUGACGAUGACAACAUGGCCGCGUCACAUGUUGGUCAAAGCGAAGGAGACGCAGAGGACCCCAGUGGCAUAGCCAGGGAACUUGCUGCCAGGUUCCACGACCUGCGCACAUGCUCAGAGCUGGUGACGCGGCACGGCGCGGCGCUGCAGCGCUCGCUCGUGGACCUGGAGAUCCCGCCUUCGGACACCACCAAGCAGGUCUCCGAGCGCGCCACGCUGUUCCGGAUAUCCUGUAACGCUAUGAUGAACGCAUGUUCAGAGUUCAUGAACGCGGCGGCGGCGGGCAGCGGGCGGCUGAGCCGGGCUCUGCAGCACGAGCGCGAACAGAAGAUGAGGCUGCAGGAGGUGGUCGAGCAGCUCGCCCGGCAACACGACAACCUGGAGAGGAAUGUCACGGGACGCAGCCAUACAGGCGGCACCGGACAGAAUAACGAGGCGGAGGAGGAUGACCAUGAGUUCUUCGACGCGGUCGAAGGAGAGACAGGAUCGCACGACGACGAAAUCAAUUCAUUCGUAAUUAAAGUACCCGUCACAAAGAAAAACAAAGUCAAGCUGGGGGAGAGCUCGGACGAGUCGGAGGGGGAGACCGUUAGGGAGACACAACAGGUGAUCUUCCUAGAAGACCGGGACCCCUCCGACUCCGCAGCGGACGUGAUGGGGCGCGCCGAAGCCGCGCCCGGCGCCGACGACACCGACACCAAGGAGAAGGAACUCAAAAUAUACCCGCAUGCGUCCGAAGUGGUGGGCGUGGUGGACAGCCGGCCGCGGCGCACGCGCGUGCCCGACAAGCCCAACUACCCGCUCAGCCUGUGGUCCAUCAUGAAGAACUGCAUAGGCAAAGAGCUCUCGAAGAUCCCCAUCCCGGUGAACUUCAGCGAGCCUCUCUCGAUGCUGCAGCGUCUCACAGAGGACUACGAGUACUCGGGCGUGCUGGACCAGGCGGCGCGGCUGGCGGACCCGGCGCAGCAGCUGGCGUACGUGGCCGCCUUCACCGUGUCCUCCUACGCCACCACCAGCUGCAGAACCAAUAAGCCGUUUAACCCGCUCCUGGGGGAGACGUUUGAAUGUGAUAGAAUGGCGGACCUCGGCUGGAGGUCGAUAUCAGAACAGGUGGUCCACCACCCGCCCGUAUGCGCCAUCUACUGCACGGGGGCGUCGGGCUGGGCGUCCCACCAGGACAUCAGCAUGAAGACCAAGUUCCGCGGACAGAACAUCCAGGUGGAGCCACAGGCCUACAGCACGGUGCUGUUCGAGAAAUCCGGUAACCUCUAUGUUUAUGAGAAGGUAACAACAACAGUCCACAACAUAAUCGUCGGCAAGCUGUGGGUGGACAACCACGGCGACAUGGACAUAGUGGGCGAGGGCGGCGCCGCGGCCGGCUACGUGGCGCACCUCAAGUACCUCCCGUAUGGCUACUUCAGCAAGGAGUCGCAGAGGAAGGUCACGGGGGUUAUUAAGGAUCCGCAGGGUGUGCCGCGCUACGUGCUGCAGGGGCACUGGGACGAGCGCGUGGAGGUGGCGCCGGUGACCAGCACCAACGGCGACAACACCGUGUGCAAGACCGGCAAGUUCACCGUGGCCUGGGAGCGCGUGCCGGCGCCCGAUAACGCCGACAGAUGGUACAACUUCACGAUCCUGGCGGCGCAGCUGAACGAGCCGGAGCCGGGCGUGGCGCCGACGGACUCGCGGCUGCGGCCCGACCAGCGCCUCAUGGAGGAGGGGCUCUGGGACGACGCCAACAACGAGAAGCUGCGCCUCGAGGAGAAGCAGAGGACCAAGCGGCGAGAAGCGGAGGCGGAGGCCGAGGCGGCGGCGGCGGCAGGCGCCCGCCCGCCCCCCGGCCCCGCGCCGCUGUGGUUCACGCGCGAGAGCGAGGCCGGAGCCCCUCACCUCCGCCAUCUCUACAACCACCGCUACUGGGAGGCCAAGGAGCGCCAGGACUGGGCCGACUGCCCCGACAUCUUCUAAGUUAAGCUACAGUGUUGAAUAUUUGAAUUUUAUCUCUCCCCUUUCUUCGGUUGUUCCUCUGGACGUUCGGUUUCGUUGUGUACAUUUUUUUAAAUUGUAAUUACGGUAUCUUGUUGUCGCUUAGAGUUUUUGUGUGUUGUUAUGGGCCGGCUGGAUAUUAACGAUUAAUGUUCGAUGGCAUUUUCGGCUGCUUUGAGAUCUUUCCAAAUUUAGCAAGUUUGUGCUUCUAUGAUUAUAUUUUCCCCAGAGAUUCAUUUUGCCGUUCUUUUGUACUGGCUAGUUUACCUCUUGAGAUAUAUCUGGCACCUAUACUAUUGAUUGCAAGUAAUAAAAACCGCUUCCUAAUAUUUUAGCUCCGAUUCUCCUGUUUGAUACUUAAUUUGAAUCUCGUGAAGUUGCAUUGACAAAAUAGCCAACUGAUUUACCAGCAAAGAGCAAUAUGUAGAAAUAUUUGGUAUUUCUUAAAUGCCUUAGCGCUUCCAAGUAUAACAACUAACAUAACAUUUCUAAAUGAUACGACCUACCUUAUGUAAUAUCCUGUUUUGUGAAUAAUAUGGUGCCUUGUGUUUGUGUAAUAUUAAUAGUUAAUUUACAUAGUGUAAUUACAAUAAACAACUAAGCUAUUGGAGUCUCUAUAGCAAUUUUUAACAAUCUACUCAUCAUUAUCGCAGGCCACUAUGACCUCGGUUUACUAGUAAGAGCAUCUCGUUUGACGUUCAUUCCAUUUUGUAAUAAUAUCUGUAUGUACCCUUAUUUAUAUUUUUAAUUUUAUUGACAAAAUGUACAUACUUUUAUAUUCUAUUCAUUGUGUUUUGCGAUGGCCUAAAUGAGUAUUUUGUUUGUUGCACCUAGUGAUUUUAAUAAUUUUGUAUAAAAUUCAAAUUAACAACGAAAGUGAAAAGGUAAAAUAACACUCGACUGCUAAAAGAAAUGAAUAGCUUUAUAUUUCUAGCUUCAUUGUAAAAAAAAAUAUCUAAAGAUAUACGAUAAAAUAAUGUUGAAUUCAGUAACGCGUUUUUAUAAUCACAAUUUAUAGAGUAAACGCACCUAUUUUGUUGUAAAACAAAUUUAACUGUUUGAAACUUUCGUUUGACAGACUUUACCAUAAACUAAGGACAACUUAAUCGUUCAGAGUUAUUUAACUCUUCUAUUGUUAUCAUCAAUAUGGUCAUCCAAAAAGACAAAUUUUUGGAUAUCUCAGAAGUCAAAUAACUCUGAACGCACAGUAGGUAUUGCGUCCAAAAUGUUGUGCUUCUCUGUAUAGUUGCAGGCCGAGCAUGCGUUGUUUUAUGGUUAAUCUUGACAAUCCCUCGUACAAUGUAUGGAGUAAGGCGCCCCUGGCUCUCGCAAUGUAAGUCUGUAUGUAUUAUAGGUGCAUUAUCAAUACCAACAAUAAAGUUGAUAUUAAAAUCCCACACAACCUGAGAUAGAUCCGUCUGGACAAUUGGGUGCUUUUGAUAUCGGCUUGAACGGUCUAGAGAUAUUUAGUAAGAUCUAUAACAAAUUGUACAUUUUCAGGUGGAUGUAAGAUAUCUGUUAAUAUUUUUAUUAUAAUAGAAUAUUGAAUACAAAGCCAUAACAUCUGUAUCAUGUUACUUUAAAAAUAAAAUAUUACAUCAAA